UAAAUCCCCAAAAAUGCCGUCUUAUAAUAGAACUAAUUCUAAUCAUUCAAUUCAAUACAAACAGUCCCUUCAGAAAAUCGUCUUCUUCACACCAAACCCCAACACACACACUCGCACUUCACAACGAUGACCACUUACGGCACAAUCCCAACCUCAUCAUCACCACCAGCGAACCUCGAGUACAUCACACGCGCCAAAGAACGCAUCAAAGCCGGUCUCGGAACUCGCCGUCCAUGGAGACUCAUGUUCAAUUUCCGAUCAUUCAACCUCCCUUCCGGUUUCCCCGACGCCGUCUCGCGCGUGAAAUCAAACAUCGGCUUCUUCCAGAUGAACUACGCUAUACUGAUUCUCGUUAUUCUCUUCCUCAGUCUCCUAUGGCAUCCAAUCUCGCUUCUCGUCUGGGUCGCUCUCAUGGCGGCAUGGCUCUUCCUCUACUUCCUCCGUGACGAACCGAUUGUUCUCUUCGGAAGACUCGUCAGUGAUCGAAUCAUUCUUGUUCUGAUGUUGAUCCUCACCGUCGUUUUGCUUCUCUUCACCGGCGCGAUCCUUAACAUCAUCAUCGCGGUUUCAGUCGGUGUUGUGGUGGUUUUGGUUCAUGCUGCUUUCAGAAAUACGCAUGAUCUGUUUCUUGAUCAAGAAGAAGGACGUUUGUUUUCUUCUCCUGGUGCUCCGGUUUCGUGAUUCGAUUCAUUUUCUUGGUGAUGUGCGUUGAUUUUGUUGUUUUUGUGAAAUUUGUUGAUGAUUUUAGGUUUACGAUUUUCUUUCUUUUUUGGGGUUUGGGGUUUGUGAAAUUGUGAAGAAGAAUAAGUGCUAGAUCGUUGAAUUGUGUAUUGGUGAACUUUUUUGUUGUUUGUUAACCACGUAAAAAAAAUCAGAAAUGUUUAUUUUCCUCUAA